AGCCACCGCGCCGACUCGGUACCAGUGCCAGUCAGUCGAUCAACAUGAAGAUUUCUUUGGUUAUUAUAUCCGUCCUUCUGACUGGCAAGACUCUCGAAGUCGCUGCCUACUAUAUCAAUAACAAAGCAAUCCACCAACACUCAAUCCAUAAGCGAUGGAAACGUACUGAACCGAUAAGAGAUCCUGACGAGAAUGAAUCACUGGAGUUCAAUGCGAUUAACUUCGACCAGAACUUCAAAGAGCACCAAAAAAACAACAACCGACUCUACGAGUAUUCAACAAACGAUGGUCUCGAACACAGACAGACAACUGAUAGUUUACAAAAAAUUGAUAUUGACCAAUUUCAACAAUUCAACCAACCAACCGGAGGACUAACCAUGAAAAUAGCCGAAAAAAUCGCUGCCUUACAAAAAAUUGCCCUUCACCAAAACAUUGAGCACUCAAAUGGCGUGCUGAACAUAAAAAAAAAUGCGGUGAAAAUCUCCGAACAAGAGUUCGUCAUCUUCUACAACACGACCAUGAAGAACUUGAAUAACGGCGAAUUGGAAUACAUGUACGUAGACCCCGACAUGGAUAUGGUGUAUGUUCAAUACAAGUUCGACCGGAUCGAGACCACCGGAUUGUUCAAGUCCACCAUUGAAACUGCCAAACGGGGUUGCUUCACUGUUAUCUUGAAAAAGGUGAACAGCUACGUCAUGAUCGGACAACACCAACACGCUGUUGUCCGGCCAGCUAACUUCGAAUAUUCCGAAGUCAAAUUUAAGACCAAAGACGGUGCCGAGACUCGAGCAUUCGAUGACGUUCUGAAGCACAAAUAUUUGAGAAUGUUGGCCGACGUGGUAACCGAUGAAGUGUUCAGGUACACCAACAACGUGGGAAUGGUAGCCCAGAUCAAAAACGAAAUCCGCAAACCGAUGGUCAUAGCUUCGCGUGACGCAGCGAACAGCGAAGGCAAGUUAUUCGACUUGAGAUGGGAGCAAGACGAUCUCGCUUUGGAUAUGACCAACGUCGGGUACCUGAACGCGGAACGGGCAGCCGAAUUAUCGAUUUUCACCGCCAUGUUGGUUAACCGUCAAUCCAAAAACUUCUACAGGACGCGUUACUACUUCACGUUGAACGAUUUGGAGUGGACAUCAGCCCUGACCGUCGUGUCAGCCGGUAACAUGAUGACCGCCCGGAAUGUUCACUGCAAAAUCGAGAAAAUCAAAAUCCAAGUGACCGUCAACAAAUCCCUCGACCUGUCACAGUCGUACAGCAAGUUCAAUACAGAUGUCCACGUGAUGGGUCUUCGGUACGAUUUGGGAAGCAACAACGUGCAGUCCGAACUCGUUUCCAAGGUCAAGGAACAACUCCAACAUUUCAUCGAAAAAUCUUUGGAAUCAAAUAUUCAAGAUUAUUUGAGACAACAAUUCAGCCACUAUUAAUGUGAAGAAUUCGUUUGUAGUGACGUCAUUUCAGUUUUUUCUAGAAUAGGACAAAUAGAAUGUUCUUAUUGAAUUGUCGACUUGGCAUUUAAUUUUACCAAAUUUUCUAUCAAUGUUGUGGGGGGAGGGGUCAAACAAAUAUAAUAAUUUAAUGAUUUGUACUUUUUUUCAAAGAUAAUUGUCUUAUUAUUCUUAUUUACAACAUGCCGAUGACUUUAUAAAAGAUGUAUUUAUAUUUUGAUAAUAUGGUGAUUUUGGAAUGGCUAAACUCUUGACUGUAGUAAAUGCGCUCGUAUCUCAGUUAUUUUCUAUAAACAAUAAAAUGUAUCAACAAAUUAUAA